AUGUCGUCCUCACAGCCCUUCCGGGAAUCUUCCCCUAUCCCCGGCAUCGGCAGACGCAAAUCUCAGUUCACCUUCAAACAACUGUCCCAACUAGCGACUUACAAUACAUCGUGCCCCUUACGAGUUGUAGCCCACAUUGACCUAGAUGCUUUCUAUGCACAAUGCGAGAUGGUUCGUUUGGGCGUGCCUAAGGACCAGCCUUUGGCUGUCCAGCAAUGGCAAGGAUUAAUUGCUGUCAAUUAUCCAGCACGUGAGCACGGCAUCGGUCGUCAUUGCACUUUGACAGAUGCGAAGAAGCUAUGCCCUACAUUAGUUGCCCAGCAUGUAGCAACUUGGCGAGAAGGCGACGACAGGUGGGCAUACCGUGAUGAUGCUGCUGCCAACAUCCAGAGCGACAAAGUCUCUCUCGAUCCGUACCGCCUUCAGUGCAGAAAGAUUCUGGCAGUCAUCAAGGAAAGUUUGCCUGCGGAUCAGCAAAAGGUUGAAAAGGCCAGCAUUGACGAGGUUUUUCUUGACCUCUCCGCACAUGUCCAUGCAGUUCUCCUGGAACGCUUCCCCGAGCUGAGAAACCCACCACCUUACGACGAUCCGACGGAGAAUCUUCCAGCCCCGUCCGUGGCAGCCCUGGAUUGGCAAGCGGAUGCUCUCAUCGACCUGAAUGAGGAGGAGGAGUCCGUGGACCCAGACUGGGACGACGUGGCGAUCCUUAUUGGGUCUGAGAUUGUCCGCGAUGUCCGAAGACAGAUCCUGGAGAAGUUACACUACACAUGCUCCGGAGGUAUUGCCAAAAAUAAGCUGUUGAGCAAGUUGGGCUCCGGGCACAAGAAGCCCAACCAGCAGACCGUCAUUCGAAACCGAGCCGUGGCCCAAUUUCUGUCAGGCUUCAAGUUCACCAAGAUACGCAAUCUCGGGGGGAAGCUUGGCGAAAACGUGGUCUCAACCUUCAACACUGACGCCGUCGAAGAGCUAUUGGCCAUCCCUCUGGAUCAGAUGAAAGCAAAGCUAGGUCAGGACACCGGAAGCUGGGUUUUCAAUACCAUUCGUGGCAUCGACGCUAGUGAUGUCAACUCCCGCACACAAAUCAAGUCGAUGCUAUCGGCAAAAUCGUUUCGGCCCUACAUCAACACCCCGGAACAAGCCCAUCGCUGGCUGAGGAUCUUUGCUGCCGACAUCUUCGCCCGCUUGGUUGAAGAGGGAGUUUUGGAGAAUAGGCGUAGGCCGAGGACAAUAAACUUGCAUCACCGACAUGGCGGCCAAAUGAAAUCGCGCCAAGGCCCAAUUCCCCAGGGCAAAGCACUAGAUGAGCAAGCCUUAUUCGAACUUGCGAAGAACCUCUUGAACCAAAUAAUAGGGGAAGGCAACGUCUGGCCAUGCGCCAACCUCAGCUUAAGCGUGGGCGGCUUCGAAGACGGCAUCACAGGCAACAUGGGCAUCGGCGCUUUCUUGCUGAAAGGAGAGGAAGCCCAGGCGCUAAGGCAGAGUAGCCGCGAAGCAAGCGAUAUGCCCAUUCCUGAAGAAAAGCCGCCAAAGAAACGUCGGACGGAGGGAGGGGCGAUCCAUCGCUUCUUUGCACGUAACGUUUCCACUGACGAAGAAAUGCCGUCCGACGGUGCAUCCGCGAAGAGCGAUAUCAAAUCCCGAGAAGAGACUAAGUCAGGUGAGCCUUCCAUGGCUGUUCCAGGUACGAGUCUGGCGCACGAGGAAGGCAAUGGUGGCUUCCAUGAGGUGCCAACCACGGGCUUCGUAUGCUCGCGGUGCAACACGGGGUUUGAAACGCCAGAGGAGCACCAAAGCCACGAGGAUUGGCAUUUUGCCAAAGAUCUACAAGACCAGGAACGUGGCAAGCCCACACUUGCUCAGCACUCAUCUGCCACCCGCAGCUCUGGCCCAAAGACUUCAGGAACUUCGGCCAAGCGGGGAGGCCGCGGCGGCAAGCUCGAGCAUGGACAGAGCAGACUGAAGUUUGGAUGA